CUGUGAAUGAAUCUCGAACGUUUUUAUUCGCCGGGUGUGCCACCUGCCGGUGCGUCACGGCUGCUCUGUCCAAUCCGGACGCCGUGACUCUCCCUCGGAGAUCCCGCGGUGCGGUGCCCCCUCUCAUCGCCGUCUGAUCUGCGGUCGGUGGCGGCAGAAGGUGGCGAGCCUCGUUCAGUGUGCACCGCGAGGCGCUCGGAUGUGACCGGAUUGGACUGCCGUUCCGCCGCCGUGCCAAACGCGCACCCGCGUCAAGUUGGACUGGAUUGCUUUUCUCCCAUCGACUUGUGCUGCUCGUGACCCGCGCAUCAGUGAAUGUUAUGAGACGCCAUGAACUUGCUGGAGGAGGAUAAUCGCACACCCCCAGUCGACAGCAUGGACACCGAAAGGCACUCUGCUGAAAGGUGACCUCCAGACACUUCACCUCCCCAAAACGUUCGGAGAAAACUACCCCUGUCCAAGGCUUGAUGAUGUGCAAGGUGCAACAACAUGGCUAUCUUUACAGACUAGGCUGUCAUGUGGGAAAAUAUUUUGCAUUCUCUCUUCCCUUCCUCUAUCUGCAACUUCCUACCUCCCUUUUCUGUCUUUCUGUCUCUCUCUUUAGAAUAUGCCAGGACAUAACAAUGAGCUCCAACAGCACAGACCAUGGUCUCUUCCUGAGUGCCAACACAUUACCACCAGCAGCCGGAGCCUACCCACAAUCCAAUGCUCUCCACCAAGGAGGAACUGGAGGAGCCCCCUGGUUUGUUCUUCAUGUGAAUACCCUGGAUGAUAAUUCCUCUUCCACCAGCAAACUCUUAAACCUCACCUUAGAAUCACAAAAUGGGAACAGAACUGCAGUCCUCGAUCCCUUGGGUGGCCACCCUGUGUGGCAGGUUGUCCUCAUUGUCUUACUGACAGGAAUUCUGUCUCUAGUCACCAUCAUCGGCAACAUCCUGGUCGUGGUAUCAUUCAAAGUUAAUCGCCAGCUGAAGACAGUCAAUAACUAUUUCCUGCUGAGCUUGGCUGUGGCAGACCUCAUCAUUGGGGUCAUCUCAAUGAACCUCUACACAGCUUAUCUUGUGAUGGGCUACUGGGCCAUGGGCAACUGGGCCUGUGACCUAUGGCUUACUAUAGACUAUGUGGCCAGCAAUGCAUCAGUUAUGAACCUACUAGUCAUUAGCUUUGACCGCUACUUUUCAAUCACUAGGCCUUUGACUUACCGGGCCAAACGAACCACAAAGCGAGCCGGGAUCAUGAUUGGCCUUGCCUGGUUUGUUUCUCUUGUUCUGUGGGCCCCAGCCAUCCUGCUAUGGCAGUAUUUUGAGGGUGAAAGGACAGUGCCAUCAGAUCAAUGCUACAUUCAGUUCCUCUCAGAGCCCACUAUAACCUUCUGCACAGCCAUGGCAGCUUUCUAUCUGCCUGUGACAAUAAUGAGUGUUCUAUACUGGCGCAUUUACAUGGAGACACAGAACCGGUCGAAAGAGUUAGCUGGGUUACAGGGUUCAGGGGUUCGUGGUGGGAUAGCAGGAAGAGGUGUGAAUGGUGGGGGUGAGAAAACCCGCUUCGUCCAUCAGACAGGAAGUUCUAGAAGUUGCAGCAGCUACGAGCUAACCAGGCUGUCCAAGAGGAGAAGCACCUGUCGGGAGCUGGUUGGCCGCUUCCACUGCUGGCCUGGGGUUCGUUCUUGGAGACCUAGUAGUACAAGGCAAGGGGAGGGAGAUCCAGAUCAGAGCAGCAGUGACAGCUGGAACAACAAUGAUGCUGCAGUCUCAUUGGACCACUCUGGGUCUUCCGAGGAUGAGGACUGUGGGGGCAGAGAGAUGAUUUCCCAGAGUCAUGCUAUUUUCUCCAUUGUUCUCAGCCUGCCUGGCAUAAAGGCAGCUGUCAACUCCCAGCUCACCUCAUGUGAUGAUCUGGAUGCAGCCUCAGAGGAGGAUCCCCUCAAGGGAGCAGAGUAUAACCGAGACAGUCUCUCAACAGUCGCCACUGCCACCACCACACCUCCCGAUGGAGCAAGUAGUUCAGAAAAUAGCUACUACCAACGCCUCAGCUCACGCAAAAUACAGUCAAUGCCUAUCAUCCAGGCUCCAUCUAAACAAGGCUCUCUAGACGGUCCUCCAACAACUGCUACCACUGCCACUGACACAACCAGCGCAGCCACCAAAUCCCCCUCUGUCCCAUUGUCCUUCAAAGAGGCAGCUCUCGCAAAGCGUUUUGCAACUCGAGCACGGACUCAGAUCACCAAGAGGAAGCGCAUGUCCUUAGUGAAGGAGAAGAAGGCAGCUCAGACUCUCAGUGCCAUUCUCUUUGCUUUCAUCAUCACAUGGACACCUUACAACAUCAUGGUGCUGAUCAAUGCCUUCUGCGAAGUUUGUAUCCCGGAGACCCUGUGGGCAGUCGGGUACUGGCUGUGCUAUGUCAACAGCACAGUCAACCCCAUGUGCUAUGCCUUGUGCAACAAGACUUUCCGUACAACCUUUAAGAUGAUACUAUUGUGUCGCUGGGACCAGAAGAAAAGGAGGAAGCAGCAGUUUCAACAGAGGCAUUCAGUGGUCUUCCACAGAAAGAUCCCCAGGGAAUCUACGUAAAGGGCAGGAAGUUUAGACGGUUGAUUACAGAGAAUCAAAAGAUUCAACAUAGGGCAAGUAAGAAGCAUCCAUGUAGUUCUUUCUGUGGACUUUCUUUACUUGGAGAUCCGUGAUGUUUCUCUCUGCUAGUAUGUCACAGGCGCAAUCCUAUGUGUUGGUUGUCAGGUAUCGGUUUGUGUUGUUUCAUCUAAUUUGCAAAGCUGAUUACGUGUGAAGGGUUGUUUAAGGCGAGUUUGAGAGGUGAAACGUCUCCAUCUGUACUUGGAGUUCAAUUUGUGCAGCUGAGAGAAAAUUGAGUGGAAAUAAUAGAAAGGGCUUUAAAAUGCAUUGCAGGAUAAUUAUUGAAGUGCUCUUGACACAAUGGGAAAGAAUAUCAUUAUCAUUGGGUCUGGGAUUUAAAUUUCUACAGUUUCUCUCUUUGGGUAACUAGAUAUGUAACGUGGUUUUGCAUUUUAAACAAAACUAUGUAUCUGUAUCAUGUCGCUGAAAGCCAAGACAAAAAUACUUUGUGUUCACAGGCUUCUACAUUGUACUGAUUUGACCUGCCAUCUUCCUGACUGCCGUAUGUUUUUAUCAGAACAUCUGUACAUUGCCUUUCUACAUGGAUAUAGCUUUCCUGUCUGAUGGAUUAUAAAAAAGUUCUUAAAUAGUGUCCUUACCUUAUCAACAGAUCUUUGUUAUUUUUGUGAUAUUCAUCUUUGGUUUUCUAGAUAUUCUUCAGAUUUUGAGCCAGUCUGAAAAUGAUUCUUCUGAUGAAUUGAGUUGUGAAUAUUCUAUGUGGCACCACAGCCAGUGAACUGCUGUUGUGUUCAAUGUGAUUGUUGUGGUUUUUAUGGUGGAGACAAUAAGUACAUUGGUUGUGUUUUAUGUACUUGUGGUUUUCUGUCAAGGGUAUUGAUUAUACAAUGAUGAUAUUCUGUUUGUGUACAUUUGGAUAUUUCUGACUUGAUACACAAUGAUUGGUUGCACACACAAAGAUGUCCAUUUAUGAAGAUGUGUUUUGGUUUUACAAUACCUUUUAGAUUCAUACAAACCUACACAUCAAAGGAGCUUUUUGUAAAUGGCCACCCAUUUUUCAUGUAGAGAAAUGGCAGCCUCUAGUGGCUUGAGAAAAACUUGUUGUCUAGGUUCUGUCACUCCAACUUCAACAGUGCAGUAUCAAAAUCCCUUUAUGCCAAUAUGAAGAAAAAAUACACAUUUUAUCAUAAUUGCACAGCAGACAUGGAUACUUCUUGUACUGAGUCAGGUUAAAGUUAUUGAAUUUAGAUUUAAGAAAUUGUCAUGUAAAAAAAAUUACCCACAGUCAUGGAAGGUACAAUAUUCAACAGUCUGUCAUCACCUGGUUGUUUGUUUAAAUUUCAUAUGAUUUACGGGUUCUACUUUAAAAGUAUUAAUAAGACUUACAGACAUUGAUUUGUAAAUAGACUGGACAAACAAUCCAUACCAACAACAGUUGAAAUAAAGAUGCCAACAGGGCAGGUGUUUAUUUUGAGUUUUAUUUUUAAUGCACAAUAUCUUAUUUCUUAUCUUAAGUGGAUGUUUUGACAUUGUUGCUGCACUUCAAUUUUUCAGUACGAAUGUAAACUGUAUCAUGACACAUGGCAAACGAUGAUUUAGAAGAUUUAGUAGAAUGGAUUAUGUACGAUACAGUGGACAUGCGUAAUUUGCAAAGGAGAUGUAAUCUCAUGCCUGUCAACAGUGGAUUUUAUGUCUGUUUUCAACACAAUGUGCUCCAAUGUCUUAAUACAUUCAUCAAAAUAUGAGAUUUUUGUACUUAAAUAUUGAUAAUGUUAACUAACACAAACAUUUUGUUACAUUUCAAGUAUGCCAAUCGUACUCAUAUUUUAAGUCAAUAAAUAAACUUUUUGACAGAAA